CGAAAAUGACGCCUGGAGUUGCUUGGAAUGAUCUGAAAAGGUCGCGCCUUCCUCUCUCUCUUACCACUAAAUGCCCAGGGAGCGCCGUCUUCGAGGUCGCUCGGUUGCGCUCGGCAGCAAGAGAGAAAGGAAGAGAGAGCUUCCAAUCUCUGGAUGAUUGCGGUGUUUGUUUUGAAUUAGUCCACCAGUAGCUCGGUUUAGUAUAUCUUCAGGAAUCGGAAGGGUUUUGGCUUCAAUUGUGAGGAAUUCGUACUUUGAGCUGUGAUGAGCUGAAUAUUCGUGCAAUCUUUGAUGAGGGUUUUGCUGCUCGGCGUGUGCAAAUUGCCGUGUUGUUUGAUUGAUUUUUGAAGGCGUGGUUUGCUUUUUGAACGCGGAUGGAUUGUGUCAGUUGUCUAUUGAGUUGCGAAAUUCUGCUGAAUGAUUGGUGUUGAGGAGAGAAUUUUUGUUUCUGUUUUUCUUUAUAUGUCUGGUUAUGAUGGUUUUUAAUGGGUAGCAAAAGGCUGAACGCUGGUGCAGAAGAUCAUUCUAGUGUCUCCGCUGUGAUGCCGAGCCUCAUUUCUCAGAUGCAGGUUUCAGAUGCCAAUGGCACAGAAAGGGGCGGUACACAUUCUUCACGAAUUUCUGACUUUCGGGUGCUCGAGCAAUCUCUUGGGUUUCAGACAGCAGAUGCUGCUAACUUUAGUAGAAACACUGUUUCCCAGCUACCAAAUUCAAGUGAUGCAAUAGGAGGCUCCAAUUUCCAGUUUGGCAUAUUCAAUAAGUCACUUGUUUCCUUCAAUGCGGAUUUAGCAGCUACUAAUGUGGGUUCUCAGAUAUCCCAGUUGCAAAAUAUACAACAGGCAAAUUUAGUUUCUGUUUCUACCGGUCAUCACGAUAACGCUGGGGAGUUGAAUAUGGCAGAUGCCAGUCCUAGAACUGAUACCUCAACAAGUCUGGAUGCAGAUGAUACAAAUCAUAGGUUUGAAAUGGAACGUUCUAAUGCUAUUGUUGCCUCUGAUUCAAGUGACAGAUCGAAAGAGAAGACUUUGGAUCAAAAGAGUUUAAGAAGACUUGCGCAGAAUCGUGAAGCUGCUAGAAAAAGUCGAUUGAGGAAAAAAGCCUAUGUACAACAGCUGGAGAGUAGUCGGCUGAAGUUGACCCAGCUUGAGCAGGAACUCCAACGAGCCCGCCAGCAGGGAAUAUUUAUUUCAAGCUCAGGAGAUCACUCCCAUGCAACGAGUGGAAAUGGUGCCUUGGCUUUUGACAUAGAAUAUGCCCGGUGGUUGGAGGAGCACAAUAGGCAGAUAAAUGAGCUUAGAGCAGCAGUUAAUUCACAUGCAGGCGACACUGAACUUCGGACUAUUGUGGACAAUGUAGUUACACAUUAUGAAGAUGUUUUCAAGUUGAAGGGCAAUGCAGCGAAGGUUGAUGUCUUCCACAUCUUGUCAGGAAUGUGGCAAACCCCAGCAGAGCGAUGUUUUAUGUGGAUUGGUGGCUUCCGAUCAUCUGAAAUUCUCAAGCUCCUGAGGAAUCAAUUAGAGCCUUUAACUGAACAACAGUUAAUGGGCAUCUGCAACCUGCAACAAUCUUCGCAACAGGCAGAAGAUGCUCUCUCUCAGGGGAUGGAAGCAUUGCAGCAAUCUCUGUCUGAGACAUUGGCAAAUGGCUCAUCAGGGUCAUCCGGAAAUGUUGCUAAUUACAUGGGGCAAAUGGCAAUGGCCAUGGGAAAGUUAGGAACUCUUGAAGGUUUUGUCCGCCAGGCUGAUAAUUUGCGCCAACAGACACUGCAACAAAUGCACCGGAUAUUGACAACCAGACAAUCGGCUCGUGCGCUUCUAGCAAUAAAUGAUUAUUUUUCCCGACUUCGAGCCCUUAGUUCUCUCUGGCUUGCCCGCCCUCGGGAGUGAAUCCCUGUUUAUACUACCACCUUGAUUGGCACUCAAACUUAGUCCAUAGUUUCAGUCGGAUGCUGGAUGCUGGAGCAACUCUGUAGUACCACCAAGAGAGUGCCAUCAGGCAUCAUCCACUCAUUCUGGGCGCGGCCUGGAGGGUCAUACUGUCAUUGUAUCUACAACCACAUGAUGUAAAUUACUCAAUCUCAGGUCUUUGAUGCUAAUUUCUUACUAGUGAGCCAAUAAUGGGAUUGUAUUGAUAUGUAGCAGAUCUAGGGAGUGCAGUCCUUUCUAGCAGUAACUUGGACAUUAGUCAAUAGUCUUAGAAAUUACUCAACGUCAGGUAUUUGUAUGUUUGUUUGCUAAUGAAAACUUGUAGAAGGAUAGUUGGUGCAAGCAGCUGAUAUUGCUAGUGAACAUUUAAAGGGCUAAAAAAUGCAUUUCGGUGCAUACUGUAGGGGUUGUGAAAUGUAAUGAAUUUUACUUUUGUCUCCCA